AACGAUCUCAUCCUCCUCCGAUUUAAAUCCAUAUCUACAGCUCGCUUUCCUCCCACCCAACAAGUAGCUCUAUAGGAAACGAAGCCGACAGGAAUGGCUUGCCUGCUUCUUCUUCUACUACUAAGCCUCACUCACGUCGCAAUGGCAGCGGCCGCAGGCGCCGGCGCCUCCCGCUGCCACAUUCCGAAGGACGAUGGCUCCACGCUCCACGUUCUCCACGCCUUCGGCCCGUGCUCGCCGCUCGGCCAAUACGCCUCGUGGGAGGACAGAGUGGCCGAUCUCAUGGGUCGCGACGAGUCACGCCUUGCCUACCUGUCCUCCCUGGCCGUCGCCGCCACCGGAAGCGCUUCCGUGCCCGUCGCGUCAGGCCGGCAGUUCCUUCAGAUUCCCAACUACGUCAUCCGGGCCGCCGUGGGCUCCCCGGCUCAGUCAUUGCUCGUUGCACUCGACACCAGCAGCGACGCAGCCUGGGUCCCCUGCUUCGGUUGCGUGGGAUGCACCUCCGCGACUCCAGCCUUCGACCCAGCUCGCUCCGCCACUUACCUCCCGGUCCGCUGCGGCUCCCCUCGGUGCACUCAGGUGCCCAACCCCACCUGCCCCGCAGGCGCGACCGCCUGCUCCUUUAAUCUCACCUACGGUGGCUCCUCUGUUCAGGCGGCGCUCGCGCAGGACGUGCUCACUCUAGCAUCCAACGUUGUGCCGGUGUAUACAUUCGGGUGCAUGCAGAAGGUCACCGGAAGUUCCUUGCCACCGCAGGGCUUGCUUGGCCUCGGACGCGGCCCUCUCUCCUUCCUCUCCCAAACCAGGGACCUCUAUGGCUCUACCUUCUCCUACUGCCUCCCAAGCUUCAAAUCACUCAACUUCACCGGCUCGCUGAAGCUUGGAACAACUGGUCAGCCGCGGGUUAUCAAGACUACGCCACUACUCUCCAACCCCCGUCGCUCGUCCCUCUACUACGUCAACAUGACCGGGAUCAUGGUGGGGCGCAAAGUGCUCGACGUACCGAGUGCGGCGCUCGCAUUCGACCCCGCCACCGGGGCGGGCACUGUGGUCGACUCCGGAACCAUGUUCACGCGGCUGGUGGCGCCGGCGUACAUGGUCUUGCGGGAGGAGUUCCGACGCCGGAUGCGGGCAGUGGGACCGGUGACGUCUCUGGGGGGAUUCGACACGUGCUACAGCGGCAGUGCGGUGACGCCCCCGUCCGUGACGUUCAUCUUCACGGGGAUGAACGUGACGCUGCCGCCUGAGAACGUGAUGAUCCACAGCACCGCCGGGUCGACCGCGUGCCUGGCGAUGGCGGCGGCGCCAGACAACGUGAACUCGGUGCUCAACGUGUUCGCCAACAUGCAGCAGCAGAACCACCGAGUGCUCUUCGAUGUGCCGAAUUCUAGGAUUGGAUUCGCCCGUGAGCCCUGCACGUCUGCCUGAGUCACCUCUUGUGCGAGCAUUAAUUGAGCUGUGUUGCCCCACGGGGUUAUCUCGGCUGGUAAAGACGUGGAAGUUUACCACUGAGAACAUGGGUUCGAGUCCGCAGGGCAACGGGGAUUUAUUUCCUAUCCCUGUGCAAAAAGUCUCGGCCCACUGCGUACUUGCCACCGAGCUACCGUGAUUUACCUCCCUCGUGAUGACCCUGGGCAGGGUGCGGCGGGGGCCCUGAGGGCGAGGGUUUCGCCUUUUACCACCCCCAUUAAUUGAGCUGUGUUCUUUUGGGUCGUUUCGUUUAAUUUGGGGCCAAAUUCCAUUGUUGCAGGGCAGUUGUGUUGGAUUGUAGUUCUCAAGUAGUUGACUUGAGCCAGAUUUGGAAGUGAACCGGGCUUUCCUGA